UCCAAUUAAAUGUCAAAGUGUUUGUCGACUUUUUAUGGAUCUGAGAUUCUGGCUGGAACCCGACAGACAGGUAGAUGUGAAUCUCUACAACCAGUUCUCUCCAUGGAGGGGGGAGGAGAACCGUCCAUGCGGAAGGUUUGAGGAGACGGAUCGAAGAGACCGAGUACAACGAAGGCUGGGAGAUCAGACUACAUAGCGACUGGCAGCUCCGGGAGGGAGGAUGUGGUGACGGCAAUCAGAUCCAGAAUCUGCAUCCCCCACCAAGAUGAGUCUCCUGGUGACGUUGCUGUGGGUGGGAUGUACCAUCAUCCAGUCUGUGGGGGCCCCAGUGUCCACCUAUCUGUACGGCUCGGUCCAGCUGCCGUGCUCGUUCCCCUUUGUACAAGAACCGGAGGGCCUGACGGUGGUUUGGCAAAAAGUAGAAUCUGAUGGAAGCAAAUUGCUGGUUUAUAAGCUCAUGUAUGGCAAAGACCUUCUCAGUGACCAGGAUCCGCAGUUCAAAGGGCGCGUGGAACUCUCCAAAAAGUUCUCGCUGGGGAACCUGGACCUGACGCUGAGGAACGUGACCUUCCAGGACGAGGGGAAGUAUCUCUGCAAGGCCGCCCAUGAGAAGGAAGACGGAGAAGUGUCGGUGGAGCUGGCUAUCAGUGGUUUAAAUGUAACGGACCCCGCCGUUAUCUUCACCUACAUAGGCGGGGAUCAGUACCUGCGCUGCCUGAGCUCCGGGGUGUUCCGGGACCUGCAGGUCAGCUGGUAUGAUCUCCAUAAAAUAGACUUAUCCCCCAACGCCACCAGAAGCGUCACAGAUCUCGGAGACGGGAGGAAGAUGGUGGAAUCUGUUCUGACGAUGGAAAUGAUGCCAAACGUUGCCUACUUCUGUCAGAUCCGGGAAGGGAGGCUGCAAAGAACCGUCCGCGCUGUGGUCUCAGAUGGAAAUACGCCAAUCGCUAUUAUUGAAAACUCCGCCACCUGGACCACAGCCUGGAAAAUGAUCCCGGUGCUCCUCACCUGCACCGCCAUCAGGAUCUGCAUUGUGUGAUCACCGGACAUUACAAUACUUCACAUUGUCUGCAGGAUUACAUUGUAUUUCCACCUUUGCCGCCAUAUUGGGAUAACACCUCCUUCGUUUUUGGUACAUGCCCCCAUACAUUUAAUGCUUGUAAAUAUC